UCUGCCUUCCUCUCUUUUAGCUGGACCACACCAAUUUUGAGGAAAGGGUACAGACAGCGCUUGGAGUUGUCAGACAUAUACCAAGCCCCUUCUUCUGAUUCAGCUGACCACGUGUCUGAAAAACUAGAAAGAGAAUGGGACAGUGAACAAGCUUCAAAGAAGAACCCCAAGCUUAUCAAUGCCCUUCGGCGCUGCUUUCUCUGGAAAUUCAUCUUCUAUGGAAUCUUAUUAUACCUAGGGGAAGUCACCAAGGCUGUCCAGCCCCUCUUGCUGGGAAGAAUCAUAGCUUCCUAUGAUCCAGAUAACAAGGUGGAACGCUCCAUUGCCAUUUACCUCGGGAUAGGCUUAUGCCUGCUCUUCAUUGUUAGGACACUGCUUCUGCAUCCAGCUGUUUUUGGUCUUCACCGCAUUGGAAUGCAGAUGAGAGUAGCUAUGUUUAGCUUGAUUUAUAAGAAGACUUUAAAGCUGUCAAGCCGUGUUCUUGAUAAAAUUAGUAUUGGACAACUUGUUAGUCUUCUUUCCAACAACCUGAACAAAUUUGAUGAAGGACUUGCUUUGGCACAUUUUGUAUGGAUCGCUCCUUUACAAGUGGCUCUUCUGAUGGGGCUUCUCUGGGACUUGUUACAAUUCUCCGCCUUCUGUGGCCUUGGCUUACUGAUAAUCCUCGUCUUUUUUCAAGCUGUCUUAGGGAGGAUGAUGGUGAAGUACAGAGAACAAAGAGCUACAAAGAUCAAUGAAAGACUUGUGAUCACAGCAGAAAUAAUUGAUAAUAUCCAUUCUGUUAAGGCAUAUUGUUGGGAGUCAGCAAUGGAAAAAAAAAUUGAAAAAUUGAGAGCGCUGGAACUGAAGCUGACUCGUAAGGCGGCCAACAUGAGGUUCCUCACAAGCUCAGCCUUCUUUUUUUCAGGGUUCUUUGUGGUCUUUCUUUCUGUGCUUCCCUAUACAAUCAUCAAUGGAAUCAUCCUCCGAAAAAUAUUCACAACCAUUUCAUUCUGCAUAGUUCUGCGUAUGUCAGUAACGCGGCAGUUCCCCUCUGCUGUACAAACAUGGUACGAUUCUCUUGGAGUGAUAAGAAAAAUACAGGAUUUCUUAGAGAAGCAGGAGUAUAAGGCUUUGGAAUACAACCUAACAACUACAGGUGUGGUCAUGGAAAACGUAACAGCCUUCUGGGAGGAGGGAUUUGGUGAAUUAUUGGAGAAAGUAAAACUAAACAGUGACAACAGAAAGAUAUCCGAUGUUGAUAACAGCCUUGUCUUAAGUCACUUAUCCCUUUUGGGUACUCCUGUGUUGAAAAACAUCAACUUCAAGAUAGAGAAAGGACAGAUGUUGGCUAUUACUGGAUCUACUGGAGCAGGAAAGACAUCACUCCUAAUGAUGAUUAUGGGAGAACUGGAAGCUUCAGAGGGUAUAAUUAAGCACAGUGGAAGAAUUUCAUUCUGCUCUCAAUUUUCCUGGAUUAUGCCAGGAACCGUCAGAGACAAUAUCAUCUUUGGUGUUUCCUAUGAUGACUAUAGAUACAAGAGUGUCAUCAAAGCUUGCCAACUACAGGAGGAUAUUUCCAAGUUUGAAGAAAAAGACAACACAGCUCUUGGAGAAGGUGGAGUCACAUUGAGUGGAGGUCAACGUGCAAGAAUUUCUUUAGCAAGAGCGGUCUAUAAAGAUGCUGAUUUGUACCUGUUGGAUUCUCCUUUUGGAUACCUAGAUAUUUUAACUGAACAACAAAUAUUUGAAAACUGUGUCUGCAAGUUGAUGGCCAACAAAACUAGGAUUUUGGUCACAUCUAAAAUGGAACAUUUAAAGAGAGCUGACAAAAUAUUAAUUUUGCAUGAGGGUAGCACCUAUUUUUAUGGUACAUUUACUGAAUUACAAAGUCUACGACCAGACUUUAGUUCGAAACUCAUGGGAUAUGAUACUUUUGACCGGUUUACUGAGGAAAGAAGAAAUUCAAUUCUAACUGAGACCUUACGCAGGUUCUCAGUAGAUGAUUCCUCUGUCACCUGGAACAAAACCAAGCAGUCUUUUAGACAGGCUGGAGAGUAUGGAGAAAAAAGGAAGAGCUCUAUUUUGAAUUCAAUCAACUCUAGAAAGAAAUUUUCAGUUGUGCAAAAGACUCCACUACAAAGGAAUAGCAUUGAAGGAGAUUCUGAUGAGCCCCAAGAAAGGAGGCUGUCCCUGGCUCCAGAUUCUGAGCAGGGAGAUGCAGUCCUGCCUCGCAGCAAUCUGAUCAAUACUGGCCCCACAUUUCCUGGCAGAAGAAGACAGUCUGUUUUAGACAUGAUGACAUAUUCAUCCAACCAGGGCCCCAGCAGUCACCAGAGGACAAGAGCAUCCAUGCGAAAAAUCUCUAUAGCACCUCAGACAAGCUUAAAUGAAGUGGAUAUAUAUUCAAGACGAUUAUCUCAAGAGAGCAGCUUGACCAUCACUGAGGAAAUUAAUGAAGAAGAUUUAAAGGAAUGCUUUUUUGAUGACAUAGUUCACAUACCAGCAGUGACUACAUGGAAUACAUACCUUCGAUAUAUUACUCUCCAUAAGACUUUGCUUUUAGUGUUUGUUUGGUGCUUAGUUGUUUUUCUCAUUGAGGUGGCGGCUUCUUUAUUUGUGCUGUGGCUUCUUAAAAACAAUCCUACUCAAGAUGGAAAUAACAGCACUAAAAUUGCAAACAGCAGCUAUGUUGUAGUUAUCACCAGUACCAGCUUCUAUUACAUAUUUUACAUUUAUGUGGGAGUGGCUGACACGUUGCUUGCCAUGGGCUUCUUCAGAGGUUUGCCAUUGGUGCAUACACUAAUCACAGCAUCAAAAAUUUUGCAUCGCAGAAUGUUGCAUUCUAUUCUUCAUGCACCGAUGUCAACCCUUAACACAAUGAAAACAGGUGGGAUUCUUAACAGAUUCUCCAAAGAUAUAGCAAUUUUGGAUGACUUUCUGCCGCUUACUGUAUUUGACUUCAUCCAGUUGUUAUUUAUUGUGAUUGGAGCGAUAAUAGUUGUCUCGAUUUUACAACCCUACAUCUUCCUAGCAACUGUGCCAGUCAUAGCAGCUUUUGUUUUGCUGAGAGCAUACUUCCUCCAAACCUCCCAACAACUCAAACAGCUGGAAUCUGAAGGCAGGAGUCCAAUUUUCACCCACCUUGUUACAAGCUUAAAAGGACUAUGGACACUUCGUGCCUUUGGACGCCAACCUUACUUUGAAACUCUGUUCCACAAAGCUCUGAAUUUACAUACUGCUAAUUGGUUUAUGUAUUUGUCAACUUUGCGCUGGUUCCAAAUGAGAAUAGAAAUGAUUUUUGUCCUCUUCUUCAUUGUUGUUACCUUCGUUUCUAUUUUAACAACAGGUGAAGGACAAGGAUCAAUUGGCAUUAUUCUAACUUUAGCUAUGAACAUCAUGAAUACAUUGCAGUGGGCUGUAAACUCGAGCAUUGAUGUGGAUAGUUUGAUGCGAUCUGUGAGCAGAGUCUUUAAGUUUAUUGACAUUCCAAAAGAAGGAUGUGAGGGUACCACGGCAAUGAAAGAACUGGGGAAUGAAGACUCAUUUGAAGUUGAAAUUUGGGAGAAUCAUUGUGUGAAGAAAAAUAACUGGCCUUCAGGGGGCGAAAUGGUUGUUAAAGACCUCAUCGUGAGAUAUGGCGAUAGUGGGAAUGCUGUUUUAGAGAACGUCUCUUUCUCUAUAAAUCCUGGUCAGAGGGUGGGCCUCUUAGGAAGAACUGGAUCAGGAAAGAGUACUUUGCUGUCAGCAUUUUUGUGCCUGUUGAACACUAAAGGAGAUAUACGAAUUGAUGGCAUCUCUUGGAAUUCAGUAACCUUAAAAGAAUGGAGGAAAGCUUUUGGAGUGAUACCACAGAAAGUAUUUAUCUUUUCUGGAACAUUUAGACAAAACUUGGAUCCUGAUGGAGAAUGGAGUGAUGGAGAAAUAUGGAAAGUUGCAGAGGAGGUUGGACUCAAAUCCGUGAUAGAACAGUUUCCUGGGCAGCUUGACUUUAACCUUGAGGAUGGGGGUUAUGUGUUGAGCCAUGGCCACAAGCAGUUAAUGUGCUUGGCCCGAUCCGUCCUCAAUAAGGCCAAGAUCUUACUGCUUGAUGAACCCAGCGCCCACUUGGACCCCAUAACAUACCAAGUAAUUCGAAGAGUUCUAAAACAAGCCUUCACCGAUUGCACAGUAAUCCUUUGUGAACACAGGGUAGAAGCAAUGUUAGAUUGUCAACGAUUUUUGGUCAUAGAAGAGAACCAUGUGUGGCAGUAUGACUCACUCCAGGCACUCCUGAGCGAGAAGAGCAUCUUCCAGCAGGCCAUUAACUCCUCAGAAAAGAUGAAGCUUUUCCAGAACCACCACUCCAGCAGAAAGAAGACUCGACCACAAAUUGCUGCUCUGAAAGAGGAGACAGAAGAAGAAGUACAAGAGACCCGGCUCUAGUACCUGGGGAGGCUGGGGAGACAGCUCAGUGGCCCUGAGUUUUACCCCCAGAACUCAUGCACAAUGGAAAAAGCCAGGGGCAAUGCCCCGUGGCUGUACUGUACUGGGGACACAGAGACAGGUGCAUUCCUGGGGCCCUGGGGCCAGUCACCCCAGCGGUCCAGGCCAGGCAUCUGAGGAACAAUACCUGCAGAUGUCCUCUGGCCUCUACAUCCUUUUCACACACCCACAUACAC